CCAAAUAAAUCAGUGACAUUGUAUUCUCCUCAACAUCAUAGCAAUUUUGAGAGUGGUCUGUCACCCAUGAACGAGUCAUAUGAAUACCACCAGAGAGAGACCCACACUUUACAACUGAGAGCUCAUAGAGUAGUUCUAGUUGUUGUUGAUGACAGCACUUCCCUCUCACUCUCGCCCUUUCUUCACCAAACUCCUCCAAUUCACCCACCAACAAAACCUCCAACAAGGCCAAGCCUUACACGCCCAGAUUAUCCUAACAGGUUCCUCUUCUUGCAUAUACAUCUCCAACACUCUCAUCAACUUCUACGCCAAGUGCAAACGCUUGACCCAAGCCAAGCUCGUCUUCGAAACCAUACACAACAAAGACAUUGUCUCAUGGAACUGCCUCAUCAAUGGGUUCUCUCAACUGGGUUCUCCCUAUUCUUCCUCCUCUGUCAUGGACCUCUUCAAGCGCUUGAUGAGAGCAGACAACUCCCACCCAAAUGCUCACACUUUCGCCGGCGUUUUCACUGCCGUGCCGAGUCUUCUGGACCCUUCUGGUGCUGGGGAACAGGCUCAUUCAGUGGCUGUCAAAAUUGGGAUUUGUUCAGAUGUUUUUGUGGGCAGUUCUCUGCUAAAUAUGUACUGUAAAGUGGGUAUUUUGUCAGAUGCUCGCAAGGUGUUUGAUAGAAUGCCUGAGAGAAAUUCGGUUUCUUGGGCUGCGAUGAUUUCUGGGUAUGCUAUGCAGCGGCUUUCUGCAGAAUGUAUGGGGCUUUUUAAAUUGUUGAUGGGUUUAGCGGAGGUGGGCGUGAAUGAGUUUGUGUUGACCAGCGUUCUUAGUGCGUUUGCAUUGCCUGAGCUCAUUGAAAAUGGGCAGCAAAUUCAUUGUCUUGGUCUUAAAAAUGGCUUGUUAUCGAUUGUAUCUGUUGGAAAUGCUAUUGUGACUAUGUAUGCAAAAUGUGGGAGCUUAGAUGAUGCUCUUCAAACGUUUGAGUUGUUGAGCCAUAAGAAUGCUAUUUCGUGGUCCGCAAUGAUCACUGGUUUUGCACAGUCUGGGGAUUCUGAAAAGGCGUUGGAAUUGUUUUCAAAAAUGCAUUUUUCUAGGAUGAUGCCUAGCGAGUUCACCCUUGUUGGAGUCCUCAAUGCUUGUAGUGAUAUUGGUGCUUCUGGAGAGGGAAAGCAGGUGCAUGAUUAUUUGGUAAAAUUGGGAUUUGAAUCUCAAAUCUAUAUCAUGACUGCUCUUGUUGACAUGUACGCAAAAUGUGGUUGCAUAGUAGAUGCUAGGAGGGGUUUUGAUUAUUUACAAGAACCUGAUAUCGUUUUGUGGACUUCCAUGAUUGGAGGGUAUGUGCAAAACGGGGAGAAUGAAGAUGCUCUGAAUUUGUACUGUAGAAUGCAAACGGAAGGUGUCUUUCCUAACGAGCUGACAAUGGCUAGCGUCCUAAAAGCCUGUUCGAGCCUUGCUGCUUUGGAGCAAGGAAAGCAAAUCCAUGGCCGUGUCAUUAAACAUGGAUUUAGUCUUGAAGUUCCAAUUGGAAGUGCUCUCUCGACUAUGUAUGCAAAAUGUGGAAGCCUUGACGAUGGGAAUUUGGUCUUUAGGAGGAUGCCCAUGAGGGAUGUGGUCUCAUGGAAUUCGAUGAUAUCUGGGCUUUCUCAAAAUGGACAUGGCAACGAAGCUCUUGAACUUUUUGAGGAGAUGCGGUUUGAGGGAACAAAGCCGGACUAUGUUACUUUUGUGAACAUUCUCACUGCUUGUAGCCACAUGGGAUUGGUAGAGAGAGGUUGGAUUUACUUCAAUAUGAUGUCCAUUGAGUUUGGUAUACUCCCAAGAGUGGAUCAUUAUGCUUGCAUGGUUGAUAUGAUGAGUCGUUCUGGGAGGCUCGAGGAAGCAAAAGAAUUUAUCGAAUCGACAACUAUCAAUCAUGGAAUGUGUUUGUGGCGAAUCUUGUUAAGUGGUUGUAGGAACUAUGGUAAUUAUGAUUUAGGAGCCUAUGUAGGAGAGAAAUUAAUGGAGUUGGGUUCACAAGAAUCUUCUGCUUAUGUAUUGUUGUCUAGUAUCUAUACUGUGUUGGGCAGAAGGGAAGAUGUGGAACGUGUGAGAAGGAUGAUGAACGUUCGAGGGGUGAAUAAGGAACCUGGGUGCAGCUGGAUUGAGUUGAAGAGUCAAGUUCAUGUAUUUGUCGUUGGAGACCACAUGCAUCCGCAAAUUAAAGAAAUACGCGCAGAGGUUCGAAGAUUAAGCAAGCUAAUGAAGGAUAAAGGCUACCAACCUGCUUCUGAUUUACUUUCUGCUGAUUUUCAAAGUCGAGAUGAUGGAGAAGAAAGUACAUGUUAGGAGCAAGCAUUUAUUUAUUCCAUUUAUUGGAAAAUGACUCCAUUUUCCCCCAAUUUGUGAGGGCUUUAUUUAUUUAUUUAUUGUAUACUAUCCAAAAUUUCGUGAUUAAUCAUGAUUCAUAACCCCAGAUGAUUCUACUUAAUGAAAUUUCAGAUGAUUCAAGUCAAACUUCCUUCCCGUCCCCAAAAGGAAUCCAUUUCUUUCUCUUUCAUUCAGGUGAAGAUGCAGAAUAGCAUUUCUUUCUUGUUAAUUUCCAAGGAUUCAUUGAGUUGCCCUAUAGUUGACAUGAUGUGUAUAUUUCUUUGCCUAGGAGGAGGCAACAUUCUUUCCAUCAUCCACACCAUCAUCUGCUUCUCCGCUGCUCUCUUCCUCCACGAAACACUGCCUCCCACCACCACUGAAGAAACUAAAGAACAACCACUCAUUUUCCACUUUUUUAAAGUCGUGGCCAUCAUCGUAGCCUUCUAUCUACUAGCAUUCGAUGUCUCCGGUGUUCAUGGCCGCAUGAUUUGUUUAGUAUUCACUGUCGGAUUACUUAUCCUCCUUGCAAGUCCACAGCUUGUUCCCCUGUACUUACAUUGUAGUCAUGCCUAACUCCAAUUCAGAUGCUGAAGCACAAAUCAAUGAGCCAUUGUUUGUUGAGGAGGUUAGGAAAGAUGAAGAUGAUGUUGUUGAGGUCAAGAGAUGGCCGAGUAUUGGAGAGGAUUAUACGAUGUUUGAAGCAAUGCAGACUUAUGAUUUUUGGGUGUUGUUGGUGUUCCUUCUUUGCAGGGUUGGGACAGGGAUGUGUGUGAUAGACAACAUGGGACAGAUGGGGAAGGACACUUGUGUAUGAUGAUGUUUCCAUUUUCGUGGCGCUUACUAGCAUUGGGGGAAACUUUGGUCUCAUCAUUUCAGGCAUGGUGUCCGAAUACUAUAUCAGGUAUAAUAUGAUCACUCUUUGCAUCAUUGCUCAUUAACAUUACUACAAUUUGUUGGAAACACACAAACACUUAGUCUGAUCUUCCAAUCCUUGUUUGCUAUGUCAUUCAGUGGAAGUCCAAAAUGACUCAUGGGAUCAAGCAAGGGUGGGUAAAUGACCUAAAAAACCUGCAAAUCAAAUUAACCUGACCUUUGUGAGUUGGGUUGAUUCAGUUCUUAAAGGGUCACAAUUUGGUUCUUAGUUCUUGGUUGAUUUGGUUCUUAAAGGGGCACAGUUUGGUUCUUUAUAGUCAGUGGGGGAGCCAAAAUUUUGAUUCAUAGGGACAUUAUUGAGUUGUAUCUCAUGAGGCCAAUCUCAAUCCAACCGAAUCCAAUUCAUUCGGUGAUAGGAGGACAAAAAAUAAGUGUUAUGCCAAAAUUAUAUGUUUCUUAAUCAGUCAUUUAUGAACUCUAUGGAUUUUUAAUCAGCCAUUUAUGAACUUUAUGGAUUCUUAAACAGUAACUCAUCCUUUUAGACCAAAUGAAAAUUCUCUGAAAAUUGGCCUUUUAGACCAAAUGGGCAGCUUUUGGUUAAAAAUGAUUACAUCUGGAACAAAGGUAUGAAUCACAUAAAAAAUUAGCCAUCAAUUCUAACUUUUCCAGCGCAGUAGAAUACAGAGGGUUUCUUAUCUAGUGCUAGUGCAUCUGUUUUGUUGUUAUGUAUUAUUAACUCCUACUUUCUUAAUUUUGGGUUUCAUUUAAUUGUUUUCUUCUAAAACUUGCUUUUGCAAUUUUAGGAAUUGAUAAUUGAGCAAUGGGAGAAGAAUUAUUAAAUAAAAUGUAUUGUUAGAUG